AGGAGAUGAGGUGCAAGCUCCACCCCUACGCCAACGCCGUGGGCGUCUGCGCGCCCUGCCUCCGCGGCCGCCUCCUCGCGCUCGCCGCCGAGCGCGACGCGGCCGCCUCCGGGGCCAGCAGCGACGGCAGCUCGCCCCCGCGCGCGCACGGCGCGGCAGCCAGGGGGUUCCCGCGUUCCGUCUCGCCCUACGCCGCGCACCGGCGCUCCGACGCCUGCGCGUACGCGACCUCGUCGUCGUCCUUCGCGCACCAGCCCAACCUCCUCUUCUUCCGCACGCCGCAGGUCGGCCCCGUCGCGGCCGCCUCCGCCGUCCGCGCCGACGAGCCCGCUGAGGAGAGCCACAGGAAGGUCGCGCGGAGGCGCUCCUUCUUAGCGGCGAUCUUCGGAGGCGGCGGCGGGCGCCACAGCCGGGAAGAGGGGGCUAGGAAGGACCCUCCCCGACGGUCCACCUCGUGGCUCUCGGCGAUCGUCCACCGCAAGCGAAGACCCGACUUGCCCUCAUCGGUUGCGACCUUGCCGGCGGCGCCAGCGCCACCGGACGAGGAGCCCGAGUCACCGGGAAGCGGCAGCAGCAGCUGGUGGUUCCCGUCGCCCUCGCCGGCCAGGCAGCACCGGCGCCGGCAUGGCGGCGGCGCGGGCGCCAGCGGUGACGGGAUCUCGGGGCUCGCGGUGUGCCUGAGCCCGCUCGUCCGGCCUAGCUCAGCUGGCGGCCGGCGCCGGUGCCAGCCGCCAGACCCCUCCUCCCUGGGAGACAGCCACCGGCGUCACGCGUCUGCCGGCGGCGCCGCGUCGUUCGGGCGCAACACGUCCCGGAAGCUCGCCGAUAUGGGUAGGUUCCGAUGACGCAGCCUUGCGCGCCCUCGCCGGCCAGGCCAAAUUUCCUUUCCUUUUUUUUUCGCUUCUCUGAUCUUUCUUUUCUUUUCUUUGGUUACAAAAUUUGACCUUUUGUUAAUCUCGACGAUGAUAUGAUGAUGUUUGUUAGUACUAGCUGCCUUGGAGACUGAAACGAAAAAUGGGAAAUUUCAAUGGCAAUUCGGAGGAUUUGUUUUGGCUCGUAGUUGAUUAAGUCCGGCAUUAGCAUACUAGUAUUAACACAAGACAUUGGAAUAGCUAUUUUCUAUGUGAAUUUUCAAUUUGUUUGGAAGGAAGACGUCAACUUGGGAAA